AUGUCUAGCGAGGAGUUGUUAGCAGUUUAUGGAACAGAGUUUGAAGAAUUAGAAGAUGAAGAGAAAAGUGCAAUUUCAAGGAAGCCUGCUGGUAUACAGGAUCAGAUUGUCACUGAUGAGCAGGGAAGACGAAGGUUCCAUGGUGCGUUUACUGGCGGUUUCUCAGCUGGAUACUACAACACUGUUGGCAGCAAAGAUGGGUGGACACCUCAAGAAUUUCGUUCAUCACGGGACCAACGAGCCGCCAAAUUUCAGCAAAGAGCUGAAGAUCUUAUGGAUGAUGAGAGAGAACACUUUGCUAAUAUGGACUCUCAGCAUUUAGCGAAAAGAGAGUUUGGGAUUGGUGCACGUCGAAUUCGUACGGCCGAGGAUUUCACUAUGGAGCGAAAAGCUGAAAAGCGAAUGGCUUGGGAGCAUGAUGUGACAAGCGCUUCUGCUAUGGUACAACAUUUGGAAAGUAUUAUCAAACCAGUGAGGGAUUCAAUAGGAAAGCGCAUGCUUCGAGCAAUGGGUUGGCGUGAAGGACGUGGAGUAGGGUUGCUGACAGCUAAAUCGAAAGGGAAAAUUGAUGAUGUGGAUGCUGAGCAAAUACAAGCAACCGCACCUAAUGGAUAUGACACCGCUACCGAUGACGUACUGGUGACUCGGCUACGGUCCGUCGAAGGUGUUCAUGGUCUUGGUUAUGAAGCAAUGACUGUAUCAUCGGUGCUCGAUGAAGGGUACGGACUCAGGGCAUCCGCAUUCAAGACUAACGCUAAAAGUCGAGGUAUUAGAGGACAGGCCUUUGGUGUUGGAGCAUUUGAAGAUGAAGACGAAAAUAUUUAUUCCAACUAUGACCUGAAUCAGUUUGAUUUUGCAUUGGAUGCUCCAGGAACUUCAGGAGAAGGAAGACCUAGUGUCGAUUGUACCUUUGUUAUGUCAAAUAAACGUUUGAAUCCACGUAAGUUUUACGCUCCACCGAAACUGCCACCUAAUUUCCGACCUGCGCACCGUCCUAAGCCAUUGGACUCGGCCAAACUGCCAUCUGCACUGCAGGAUGCUAUGAAAACAUUGACAGCCAUACAGAGAGCGAAGUAA